CACACGAAGAAGUAGAACUAAGUUAGCUUAUAGCUACCUAGCAACUCCCGAUAUGGCGUCGGUAACGACGACAGAGCCUCCAGCGUUAUCCCCGGGCUCGUUACCGGAGCCCGUGGUGGUGCCCGCUUCCAUGUUUGCACCGGAGCGGGGGUCUGGAGAGGAUCCGUCCGGGGAUGAGUGCUUCGAGGACGGCGAGGACACGAACGGAGAGUCCGCGGAUCGGUUAGAUUUAAGCAGCAAGCUUGUCCUCGUCAGCCCAACAGGGGAACAGUACGACUCUUUACUCCGAAAUCUGAGGGAACGGAUAGAUGAAGGCUGUGGAGAGACCAUCUACGUGGUUGGGAUGGGCUCAGACGGAGGAGACUACGGCCUGGACGAGAAGGACAUGGAGGCGUCGGUGGCCACAGUGCGGUCGCUGUGCGAGCAGGUGGAGGCCGACCUCAUCUUCCUGAGAGAGCGGACGGAAACGGCCGGCAAGAUUCAGGACUACCUCAUCAGGCGGCGCGUGGGAGAGCAGGACUUCCUGGAGGUCAGAGUGGCGGUGGUGGGGAACGUGGACGCUGGGAAGAGCACCCUGCUGGGAGUGCUGACCCACGGCGAGCUGGACAACGGCAGAGGCUUCGCUCGCCAGAAGCUCUUCAGACACAAACACGAGAUGGAGAGCGGCAGGACCAGCAGUGUGGGCAACGACAUCCUGGGCUUUGACCAGGAGGGCCAGGUGGUCAAUAAGCCUGACAGCCACGGCGGCGGUCUGGACUGGACCAAAAUCUGCGAGAAGUCCUCCAAGGUCAUCACCUUCAUCGACCUGGCCGGCCACGAGAAGUACCUGAAGACCACCGUGUUCGGCAUGACCGGACACCUGCCCGACUUCUGCAUGCUCAUGGUGGGCAGCAACGCCGGCAUCGUCGGCAUGACCAAGGAGCACCUGGGUCUGGCUCUGGCCCUCAACGUCCCCGUCUUCGUGGUGGUUACCAAGAUAGACAUGUGUCCCGCCAACAUCCUGCAAGAGACGCUGAAGUUAUUGCAGAGGUUAUUAAAGUCGCCGGGCUGCAGGAAAAUCCCCGUGUUGGUGCAGAACAAGGACGACGUCAUCGUCACAGCCUCCAACUUCAGCUCGGAGAGAAUGUGUCCCAUCUUCCAGAUCUCCAACGUGACCGGAGAGAACAUGGACCUGCUGAAGAUGUUCCUGAACCUCCUCUCAUCCAGGACCAACUUCAACAACGACGAGCCGGCCGAGUUCCAGAUCGACGACACCUACUCCGUACCGGGCGUGGGCACCGUGGUUUCAGGCACCACGUUACGAGGCCUGAUCCGGCUGAACGACACGCUGCUGUUGGGCCCCGACCCGCUCGGCGCCUUCAUCCCCAUCGCCGUCAAAUCCAUCCACCGCAAGAGGAUGCCGGUGCGGGAGGUCCGCGGCGGCCAGACGGCCUCCUUCGCCCUCAAAAAGAUCAAGCGCUCGUCCAUCAGGAAGGGGAUGGUGAUGGUCUCUCCGAAGCUGAUGCCGCAGGCCACCUGGGAGUUCGAGGCGGAGAUUCUAGUGCUGCACCAUCCGACCACGAUAUCCCCGCGUUACCAGGCCAUGGUCCACUGCGGCAGCAUCCGGCAGACGGCCACCAUCCUCACCAUGAACAGGGACUGUCUGCGGACCGGAGACAAGGCCUCGGUCCACUUCCGCUUCAUCAAGACCCCCGAGUACCUGCACUGCGAGCAGAAGCUGGUGUUCAGGGAGGGCCGCACCAAAGCCGUGGGAACCGUCACUAAGCUCCUCCAGGCCGUCAACACUCAGGCUUCAAAAUCCCAUCAGUCCAAAACGGCGGCGUCCAAGAAGAUGUUUAAAGAGGAGGAGGCGGGGUCGACAGCUCGGCCGCCCAGUCCCUCCUCCGCACAGCUGCCCCUGAAGUCGGGAGGCGGCGGGCGCCGGAGAGGCGGCCAGAGACACCGAGGGAAAGGCCUGAACGCCGUCGCCGCCGCCGCCGCCGCCGCCAUGUCCACGGCGCUGCCGGCCGGAGCGGCAGGAACCGCCUGAAACUCUUCAUCCUCCUCAUCCUCAUCACUGUUGGCUCCUGCAGGGACGGAGCGGAAUCUGUUCACACAGAUCUGAGUUCAGACUGAAGACGAGAAGAAAACUCUUCUGUUUUAUGAACCAAGUUAUUGUUUUUUCAUCUCUGGGCGUGAAAGUUUUUGACUGUUUCCCCUGAAGUUCGCUCAUCCUCAGCAUUUCGACGUCUCUCUCAGAUUCGGCCCGUUUCCACUAAACUCCCUGAAACUUUCACCGUUUUCUACUUUUUCUAGAGUCGUGAAAUCGUUUUGGAUUCAUGCUGAGAUUUUUAACUUUAACAGCUUUUCUCAUUUUUUUUUCAGAAUUUGUAUCUUGAAUUUCUAAAAAAAAUUCUAACGUUACUGAGGAAAUCAUAUUAUGAUUUAAAUAUGAAGAAAAAAAAUCCCAAAUAUUUAUUUUGCGUUAAUUGAAAAUUGUGAUCGAGCCUCUUUAAACUGAUGGAAGUGAACUGAAGUGAGAGUUUUUCACAUUUAAAUUGAAUUAAAGCCUCCAGUUGAGAUUUUAUUCUCAAUUAACAAAAUGUUCACUUUGUAAAGUCUGCCUUUUUUUGAAAGUAAACCGCUUUCUCAUAGUUUUUUCCAGUGUGUUUCUUAUUCCUUGAUUUGUAUUUUGAAUUAAAAAAAAAUGUCUAACUUGAAAAGGUUUUUGUGGAAAAUUAGAUUUUUUUUUUUUUAACCAAAAUUUACAUUUUUUAGUUAAAUUUCUUGGCGCUGUAUCGAAAAGUGUUGCUGUUUUUGAAAAAAGAAACUUUUUCAGCACAAUUUUUUUCCACAUUUUGUAUUUUUGAAUUUCUAAAAUUUCUAACUUCAUUUGAAAAGUUUUACUCAGAAUUCCCCAGUUUUUAUGAUAAAGUCCUCUUUUUAUUUCAGAAUUUUCAUUGUUUUCUACAAUUUGUAUUUUGAAUUUCUAAAAUAUUUCAUAUUCUGUCACAAUUCUGGAAUCUGAUGUAGUUGACAUUUUGACUAUACUUCCAGGUUUAUAGAAAGUUCCUCCAGCAUUCGGCUGCUCGGUUCAGAGUCUCCGGCUCCGCCUGCAGAAGCGUUUUAUCCCAGAAGUCUGAGUUUUGGUCCGUCGUUCUGAAACUGCCGGGUUCGUUCGUCUGUUUUCUUUUGGUUGGUGAAUUUGAUGAAUCACAGAAGACGAUAAAUCUUCUGAGUUCUGAAAGCUUUUCUGGAAGAAUCCGAGACGCCGUCGCCUCAUGAAGAACGAAUCCUGUGUCAGAGGUCACGAGGCUCCGCUGGCAAACUAAGGUCAUCCAGUCGACUGAUGUCUUUGUUUUUUUUUUUUAUUUAUUUUCCGGGCAGUUUUCCCACACGGCGCCUCCAGAGCUCGGCUCUUCCAGCCGGAUCCGUCGCUCUCGUGCUGCACAUGAGAAACAAUCAAGUGUUUAAAAGCGAAACGCGCCGUGAAGAACAGAUUUCUGUCUAGCAAGCAACUCAAGACUACAACUUUAUCUUUCUUUUUUUUUUUUUUUUGGACUUCUUUGAUCCAUUUUUUUUCAAUUUGAAGGUGUGUGUUUGGUGUUUUGGGGGCUUUUUCCCUCAUGAACCAUUUAAAGCUGAUCAACAGAUUUUAAGGCCCCACUUUUUCAGACGAAACCGUCAGAAUUCCCUUUUUUCCCAUGAAACAGUGCAUGACUUUAUUUUUUUGGAGAGUUUUUUUUGUGUGUAUGUAUGUACAAAACCGAAGGCUUAAAAAAAAAAGAGAGAAGGUGCCAUUUAAAUUAAGUGGUUUCAGUUGCUGUUGUAAAUCCUUUUAAAUAAAGAUGUUCUACAA